GGCCGCCGCCGCCGGGCUGAGCCCGCGGCGGGCAGGGCCAAGCCCGGCCCCUGCCCGGCUGCGCCACCGGGGCCUGCCCGGGGUGGGAGAGAAGGAGGAGGAGGAGGAGGAGGGACUCCGCAGCGGCAACAACUGACGUGUCCCCGCCAUGGAGCUCGGCGUGAUUCAUCAGCGGCGGCGGGGCGGCAGCGGGGUGCCGCGCACCGUCCCCGCGUAGGCACGGCCGCGGCGGGGGCAGCCCCGGCACUGCUCUGCCGCCCGCACCGCCCUCUUCCUCUUCUUCCUCCUCCUCCUCCUCGCCGCCUGCUCCUUGCCCCCGCGGCUACGCGAGGAUCCCGGGGGAGGCAAGAUGGAAGAAAUCCUGCGAAAGCUGCAGAAGGAGGCGUCGGGGAGCAAGCACAGGGCCAUCAAGGAGAGCUGCACCUGGGCUAUCGAAACCUUGGAUUCUCCAGAUUCUGCUAUCAAGAUACCUCCAUAUCAGCUAAGGGAGAAGUGUCUCCUUCCUCUCCAACUGGCUCUAGAAUCAAAGAGCAUGAAGCUGGCCCAACAGGCUCUAGCAGGGAUGCAGAAGCUGCUGUCUGAUGAGAGGUUUGUAUCCGUGGAAACAGACUCAGAUGAGAAACAGUUGCUUAAUCAGAUGCUGAAUGCUGUCAAAGUGACUCCUUCGCUCAAUGAAGACCUGCAGGUUGAAGUGAUGAAGGUCUUGCUCUGUAUAACAUAUACCUCCACAUUUGAGCUGAAUGGGAGUUCAGUGUUGAAGAUUGCUGAGUUGUGUUUUGCAUGCCAUAGAGCUGGAAGUCCCCGAAUGCAUGAAAUGAUCAAAAAGUCCAUUGCACACCUCCUUGGGGCCCUGAGCUCUCGCAUUUUUACUGGUGCUUCUUCAUCAAUGGCUUUUCAAAAGGUUUGCAUUGAGACAUAUAUAUCUAGCUGUCACCAGCGGAGCAUUAACACCGCUGUGCGGGCAACCCUCAGCCAAAUGUUGAGUGACUUGACUUUACAGUUACGACAAAAGCAAGAAAACAUGAUGAUUGAAAAUCAUGACGCCUUGCAGAAAUUCAAGAGUCAAGGUACUUCAACUGAGUCUCUUUGUGAUGAUGUUGUAUCUGUCCUCACUGUGCUCUGUGAGAAGCUCCAGGCUGUCAUAAAUGACAAUCGGCAACUGCAGCUUCUUUACUUGGAGUGCAUCCUCUCCAUGUUAAACAGCUCCUCUCCCAGCAUGCACCAGCACAAAGGAUUCACUGAUCUAAUAUGGAAGCAACUGUGUCCAGCCCUAGUAGUAAUCCUGGGAAAUCCAAUCCAUGACAAAACUAUCACCUCUGCCCACAGCAGCAUUUGCCUUGAGGCUGAUUCACCUUCCUCAGGGAUCUCUGACCAUGGCCGGGGUUCAGGUUGUUCCUCCACAGCACCUGCCCUUAGUGGGCCUGUUGCACGGACCAUAUAUUAUAUUGCAGCAGAACUGGUUCGACUGGUGGGGUCAGUGGAAUCCAUGAAGCCUGUGCUGCAGUCUCUCUAUCACAGGAUAUUGCUUUACCCACCACCUCAGCACCGAGUAGAAGCCAUCAAAAUUAUGAAAGAGAUACUUGGCAGUCCUCGGCAUCUUUGUGAUUUGGCAGGGCCAUGCUCUUCUGAGUCAGAAUCCAGGAAGAGGUCUAUUUCUAAAAGGAAGUCCCAUCUGGAUCUUCUCAAACUUAUCAUGGAUGGGAUGACAGAAGCAUGCAUCAAAGGUGGUAUUGAAGCAUGUUAUGCUUCAGUGUCCUGUGUCUUUGCCCUGCUUGGAGCAUUAGAUGAGCUGAGCCAAGGGAGGGGUCUUAGUGAAGAGCAGAUCCAGCUGCUGCUCCGACGCUUAGAAGAAUUGAAGGAUGGGACUGAGACGAGCAGGGACUCCAUGGAGAUCAAUGAUGCUGACUUCAGGUGGCAGAGACGCAUCCUGUCCUCAGAAAAUCCUGCAUGGGAAUCAGGAAAUGAGAAGAGUCCUGAUAUCAGCAUUAGCGUUACCACAGACACUGGUCAGACCACUUUGGAAGGGGAUAUGGGACAGACGACUCCAGAGGAUAAUCCAGAAAGUCAAAAAAACUCACUGCCAUCUCCAGCUGGACAUGAAAGCAAAGAGAUUCAUUAUAGAGAACCAGAGUCAGAAACCAUUGACCAGCCAGAUGUUGUUCAGAGAAGCCACACCAUAGUCUAUCCAGAUAUAACUAACUUCUUAUCAGUUGAUUGUAAGACCCGGUCUUAUGGAUCCAGAUACAGUGAAAGUAAUUUCAGCAUAGAUGACCAGGACCUUUCUAGGACUGAGUUUGAUUCAUGCGAUCAGUAUUCCAUGGCAGCAGAGAAGGACUCAGGCAGGUCAGAUGUCUCAGACAUAGGCUCUGACAAUUGCUCCCUGGCUGACGAGGAGCAGACACCACGGGAUUGUCCAGGUCACAGGUCCUUACGUACUGCUGCUCUCUCUCUGAAAUUGCUGAAGAACCAAGAAGCAGACCAGCACAGUGCUCGGCUGUUUAUCCAGUCACUUGAAGCUCUUCUUCCUCGGCUUAUAGCUCUUCCCAGCAUAGAGGAGGUGGAUGGAGCACUGCAGAGCUUCUCUUCAACAUUCUGCUCAGUUACUCACCUUAUCCACGCCCCCAAAGUGACGACAGUGGAAAGUCCGAGAAGGCAGCAGCACAGAGCUUUCAAACCCUCACGAGGUAUGAUGCACUCACCAGGAUUUGAGGGAAACAUAAAUUUCAGCUUCCAGACUCUGAUGAAUGCAGACAGUCUCUACAUGGUCUCACAUUACACUCUGCUGCUCAACCUAAAAUUGGCCAACUCGGAUUACUACAGGAAGAAGGCUACCCCAGCCCCUGUGUUGCUGAAGGAGUUCAUGAAGCAGGUCCAGUCCAGUGGGGUGCUGAUGGUAUUUUCCCAGGCCUGGGUUGAAGAACUGUACCACCAAGUACUAGAAAGGAACAUGCUGGGGGAAGCUGGAUACUGGGGAAGCCCUGAAGAGCACAGCCUUCCACUUAUCACCAUGCUGACUGACAUUGAUGGCUUGGGAAGCAGUGCAAUUGGUGGCCAAUUGAUGGCAUCUGCUUCAGCUCAAUCUCCUCUUUCCCAAAACCGGAAGACAGAUGAUUCUGUUGUUGCAGGAGUUGCUUUUGCCCGAUACCUUUUAAUCGGCUGUUGGAAGAACUUGAUUGACACUUUGUCCACACCACUGACUGGCCGCAUGGCAGGCAGCUCCAAGGGGCUCGCCUUCAUCUUGGGAGCAGAAGGAGCCAAGGAGCAGAACCAAAAGGAGAAGGACUCCAUCUGCGUGAGCCUGGAUGGACUGAGGAGGGCAGCCCGACUGAGCUGUGCCCUAGGAGUUGCUGCUAACUGUGCAUCCGCUCUUGCCCAAAUGGCUGCUGCCUCCUGUGUCCAAGAAGAGAAAGAGGAAAAAGAAAUCCAAGAGCCCAGUGAUACUAUAGCUCAAGUGAAACAGAAAGUGGAGCAGAAACUGGAGCAGAUGGGGAAGGUGCAGGGAGUCUGCCUGCAUACUGCUCAUGUUUUGUGUAUGGAUGCAGUCCUUAACGUGGGCCUGGAGAUGGGAAGCCACAAUCAGGACUGUUGGCCUCAUGUGUUCAGGGUGUGUGAGUACAUCAGCACACUGGAGCACACCCACUUCAGUGAUGGUGCCUCCCAGCCUUCCCUUACCAUCACCCAGUCACAGCAGGCACCUGGAGGGCUGCAUCCAGACUCUGAGCCUGGGGAGUCUCCCCAGGCACUGACCCCUGAGCAGGAGACCACCCUCAGCAGCAAUCCUGUCAUUCAGCCGGUUUCUAUCCAGGAACUCAUCAAGGAGAGCAGUAAGGGCAGAGCUUUUGACUUCCGUGGAGGCAGCCUGCUGUGUGGGAACAGCGCUGCCAAGGCUGUACUCACGCUCUCCACACAAGCUGACAGGCUCUUUGAAGAUGCUGCUGACAAGUUAAACUUGGUGGCAUUGGCAGGCUUCCUUUACCAGCUCAAGAAGGCUUCUCAGGCCCAGCUUUUCCAUUCAGUCACAGAUACAGUUGAUUACUCCCUAGCAAUGCCAGGUGAAGUAAAAUCUACCCAGGACAGGAGAAGUGCACUUCACUUGUUCCGACUUGGUGAUGCCAUGCUCAGAAUUGUAAGGAGUAAAUCUCGCCCAUUGCUCCACCUUAUGCGCUGCUGGAGCCUGGUGGCACCUCACCUUGUAGAGGCUGCCUGUCAUAAGGAGAGACACGUGUCUCGGAAGGCUGUCUCCUUCAUCCAUGACAUCCUCACUGAAGUGCUGAUGGACUGGAAUGAGCCUUCUCAUUUUCACUUUAAUGAGGCGCUUUUCCGCCCCUUUGAGCGUAUCAUGCAGCUAGAGCUGUGUGAUGAGGAUGUCCAAGACCAGGUGGUCACCUCUAUAGGAGAGUUGGUGGAAAUGUGUUCUACCCAGAUCCAGUCAGGAUGGAGACCCCUGUUCAGUGCCCUGGAAACAGUGCACAGCAGCAACAAGUCAGAGGUUAAAGAAUACCUUGUAGGAGAAUACUCUAUGGGGAAACGCCAGGCUCCAGUGUUUGAUGUCUUUGAAGCGUUUCUAAACACAGACAGCAUCCAGGUCUUUGCCAAUGCCGCCACCAGUUAUAUUAUGUGCCUUAUGAAGUUUGUCAAAGGACUGGGGGAAGUAGAUUGUAAGGAGAUGGGUGACUGUGUGCCAGGAUCAGGAUCUGCAUCUACAGACUUGUGCCUUCCCGCGCUUGAUUACCUCAGGAGAUGUUCUCAGUUGUUAGCCAAAAUCUAUAAAAUGCCCUUGAAACCCAUCUUCCUCAGUGGCCGGCUGGUUAACUUGCCCCGAAGAAUGCAGGAACAGUCAGCCAGCAGUGAGGAUGGUAUUGAGUGCGUCCUUUCUGACUUUGAUGAUGACACUGGCCUUAUCAAUGUCUGGAUUAUUCUGCUGGAAGAAUUAACAACGGCUAUAUCCAACUGUCCCCGUCAGCACCAGCCUCCUACUUUGGAUCUGCUCUUUGAAUUGCUGAGGGACAUUGCCAAGACACCUGGACCAGGAUUUGGCAUUUAUGCAGUUGUACAUCUUCUUCUUCCCACGAUGUCUCUUUGGCUCCAUCGCAGCCAUGGUGACCAUUCUUACUGGGAUGUGGCAUCUGCUAAUUUCAAGCAUGCCAUUGGCCUUUCCUGUGAACUCGUAGUGGAGCACAUUCAAAAUUUCAUACACUCAGAUAUUGGUUAUGAAAAUAUGAUCAAUACUAUGCUGAAAGAUCUUUUCAAGUUGCUGGUAGCCUGUGUAGCAGAACCAACAGAAAUUAUUUCCAGAGUUGGCUGCUCUUGUAUCAGGUAUGUGUUAGUGACAGCAGGGCCUGUUUUUACUGAGGAGAUGUGGAGGCUUGCGUGUUGUGCCUUGCAGGAUGCGUUCUCUGCCACUCUGGAGCCAGUAAAGAACCUGUUGGGCUAUUUCCACAGUGGUUCUGAAAGCUUUAGUGGAGAUGCCUGUGAAGUGAAGGUGGCAGCCCCCUCCCUCUCGCCAAGUGCUGAAGCUGAAUAUUGGAGAAUCAGAGCCAUGGCACAACAGGUCUUCAUGCUGGAGACUCAGUGCUCCCCAAAGACCCCUAGCAACAAGGAAGGGUUUGAACAUGCCCAGUCAUGCGUGCUCAUCAUUGACCUGCCACCAGAUAAGAAACCAAAUGGGCAUACCCAGAGAAGGAAGCUGGGUAUUCCUUUCAGGACGAUAGUGGUGAGCUUGCUGUCCCACCAAGUACUGCUCCAGAAUUUAUAUGACAUCUUAUUGGAAGAAUUUGUGAAAGGCCCUUCUAACUUGGAGGAGAAAAUGACAAUACAAGUACCAGAAAACAAGUUGGCUGGUUUUCUCAGGUACAUCUCCAUGCAAAACCUGGCUGUCAUCUUUGACUUACUGCUGGACUCCUAUAGAACAGCCAGAGAGUUUGACACCAGACCUGGGUUGAAGUGUUUGCUGAAAAAAGUGUCUGGCAUUAGUGGAGCUGCCAACUUGUAUCGCCAGUCAGCCAUGAGUUUCAACAUCUACUUCCAUGCUUUGGUUUGUGCAAUCCUGACAAACCAGGAGAACAUCACUGCAGAGCAAGUGAAAAAGAUACUCUUUGAAGAUGAUGAGAGAAGCACAGACUCAUCACAGCAGUGUUCUUCAGAAGAUGAAGACAUUUUUGAAGAAACUGCCCAGGUCAGUCCCCCACGAGGGAAGGAGAAGAGACAGUGGAGGGCUCGAAUACCAUCUCUGAGCGUACAGCCUGUCAGCAAUGCAGACUGGGGAUGGCUAAUCAAGCGGCUUCAUAAGCUCUGUAUGGAACUGUGCAACAACUAUAUCCAGAUGCAUCUGGACCUGGAGAAUAAUGUAGAGGAGCCUCCAGUGUUCAAAGGUGACCCUUUCUUCAUUUUACCAUCCUUUCACUCAGAAACCUCCACCCCAUCAACCGGAGGGCAAUCUGGGAAGGACACACCAUCCGAAGAUGACCGGAGUCAAAUCAGGGACCAACUGGGAGACAGCCUGACACCCCGAGGAGGAAGUGGAGAAAUGUUGCUGCUACCCCCACCCCUAAGUCCUAAACCAGAGAAAAAAGAGCAAACCAGGAAAAAAGAAUGGUGGGAGAGUGCUGGCAACAAGAUCUACACUAUAGCCACUGACAAAACUAUCUCCAAGCUCAUGACAGAAUACAAGAAAAGAAAGCAGCAACAGGCCAUGACAUCCUUCACCAAAGAGGUCAAAGUGGAAAAGAAAGCAGAGCUCCUGGGUUCUAGAGGGCCAGACUCGCCCAUACUCCAGCGGCCACAACAUCUUAUAGAUCAAGGUCAGAUGAGGCAUUCAUUCAGUGCUGGUCCAGAGAUCCUGAGACAAGAGAAGAGACCACGCUCAGGAUCCACAGUCAGCUCCCUGAAUAUAUCUGUCAGGGAUGCAGAGGCCCAGAUACAGGCAUGGACGAAUAUGGUGCUGACAGUUCUCAACCAGAUUCAGGCCCUGCCAGACCAAACUUUCACAGCCCUGCAGCCAGCAGUGUUCCCCUGUAUCAGCCAACUGACUUGCCAUGUGACAGAUAUCCGUGUCCGCCAGGCAGUACGGGAAUGGCUGGGAAGAGUGGGCCGAGUUUACGAUAUCAUCAUUUAAACCUAGCUGUGCUCUGUUGCAAAGGGGAGAAGAGAUCCAAGGUAUACAGCAAAGAAGUAUUUGGGUUUCAUUAAUUGCCUAUUUGUUGGUGAUAAUUUAAGAAACAAUGAGCUUGUCAAUGUAUAUCUCUAUUCACUUCAGACUGUGUGUCCCUCACUCACACUAGCAAAGGAGGCAAAGCAUGAGUGUGUCCAGGGGGGUCUGGAAUGGCCCCAGAACCCAAAAACUGCUAGUAAAUCAGGCUGGUACCUAAAGGGGUGAUACAUUUCAGUAGCCUUCAUUUUAAUUCAAAUUUGCAACAGUGGAAGCAACAGUGCCGCAGAACUUCCACACUUGCAAUUAGCUGUGAAUGCAACUGUUAUCUGGAUGUCAGACCAGGCAAGUAAGCCUAUGUAACUAAAAAAAAAAAAAAAAAAAAAAAAAAAAGUCAGGAAAAAGGUGGGGCUAUAGGACAAGUGAAAAGGUGACAUUUGUUUAGGGUAACUUUUUUCCCUUCUGAAAUUAGCAUGAGAGAGGAAAGCCAAAUAAAGAUUAUUGUAGUAACUAUAUGCCUCACUCACUAGAGAAUGUGGAAAUUUAUUUUGCUUUGAGAAGAGCCUUUGAAGUCUGGUCACAUUCAGCGUUGCUAAUAAGUGACUAUUAAAGUAUUCCAGGUCUAAAACUGGUGAACCAAGCACAGACUAUUCAUCCUUUCAUUGCUCUUGUGGAGUAUUGCUUAAAGAGAAAUGGCACUAUCAAGCUGCCCUCGACAAUGCUACCCUGGCUGCCUCUUCAGCUAUGCCUACAGCUGAUCAUGUUUCCACAUGUCUAAUUCCUCCUAAGGGCAACAGGGAAGUUUGGUUUUCUGUUUCCUGUGAAGCUGGGGGGGAAGACACACCACAGAGCAAAUACCAGCAUGUGCCAAUAUCCAGCAUUCAACUAAACAGAGUAGAGAUAAAAUGUUCCAGUUUAAGCAACACUGCAGCUAAGUUAGCAUAUGCUUCUACUGGAAAUCUAUGUUUGCUUAUAUAGAGCUGCUGUAGCCAGGAACACCCUUAUCACCUUUGUUACUCUUAGCCUAUCACUCCACAUUGAGCUGAACCAGGAAGGAAAAUAGUCUGAACGGGAGGUAUCUUUCCUGUUUCUCUCCCAUUUCUUGUCUGCUGCUGUAAAUAGAAGGGGAUAGAUCCUCAUGGAGGUACAUCCCCCUCUGUGCAGCACUCCUCUAGGGACUAUUACAAUUUGCUGAUAUUAUUAAAGGAGAGGAAAAGGGGAAGGAUUGAUGUGGUGUUAAAUACAUAUGUGAUGUUCUUCACACUAGACACAGCAAAGGGUUACCUUGCUGCACAAGUUAUGUCACAGCCCCUGGGACAUUCCAUCUUGUACUCCCAUGCUACAUCAUUUGUUGAUUAGAAGUUGAAGUAAUUUGUUGAAAAUAAGUUGAUUUUAAUCUUGGGUGGCCCCUUAAUGAUGUUCUCCCAAGGCUUUUAAAAUGUGCACACCAACUAAAUAUACAGCUUCAGUCCCUGCUCCAAAGCGUCCUCAAAAUGGCAUCUCUUUAGAUCAGGCCUGGAUUUUUGCACAACUACCUGCUUUUAGCAUCUUAAACCUAGAAAAACAGAGGGAGCCAAAAGGCUCCACUGAACAGCCAUCAUGAAGCUGAUGUGUUUACAAAGAGUCUGACACUAUCCUCCUGCCUUUUCCCUCCAUUGCCCACUUCCCAUUUGUCACUUCCUGGACUUGUGCAGGGAAUAUUUGUCCCAUAACUUUCUGUAGCGUCAGUCACACUACUUCCUUUCUUUCAAAACUUCCCUUUGCUAAGUUGUUUCAAGGACAUAAAAAUUCCAUAAAAACAACUCUUACUUACCACCUACCUUGACUUUAUAAAUGAGUAAUGUAACAUUUUUGUCAAUUUUCCCCAAACAGUUUUAAUACUUCCUUGGGGACAGGUAGGAUUAGCCCUUGGUAUAUGGGAAAGUAGUAGCAUGUUUGGUUUCCGUUGCCAUGUCUGUCUUACACAACUUUAGGUAGAAUAAAAAAGGGUGGCUAUAUUUUUCAUUAAAGUUUUUAUUGGGCAUCUAUACAGAACUGCUUUUAAAGCAGUACAUUAAUUAGGCAACAACAGAAAUCAGAAUAAUAAACUGUAUGCAAAACACCCAGCUCUGCUGUUUUUCAUUAUAUGUGCAUUGAAUGGCUGCAGAUCCUUGCUGUACUAAUCUAAAACUAAAGCAAAUCCCUAAAUUAUGCUGGAGAAGUAAAAUUGAUAGCAGUACCAAUGGAAUCACUCAGGACUCCAGAAGAGGGCCUAGUAUCUAGGAAACGCUGUGGUUAUGUGUUGUGGUUACAAUACAUAAUCCUUCUGUAAAACAGAAAGAAAAGCUCUAGGAGUGACAAUACCACCACCCCCACUCCCCCUGAAGCGUGUGAACACAGCACAGCCUAGUGUUAUUUGAGUAGCCACCAUCUUGACCUGAAGUAUAAUUUCAUUUCAACUUUUUACACUACAAAUACCAUACUGGAAAUGAGUAGGAGUAAAUUUGCUGUAUUGCUGUUGCCCUGUUUUAACUUUGCCCUCCAAAUUUUGCACUAAGUGCCCAUUGUCACCCUCAGUGCCUCUGCUCAUUAACACCGCUACAUAAGAGGUCGUGAGUAACUGAGUAAUUCAAGAAAUGUAAUUUAAAAGAAUGGGGGUGGGGGUGAAGGAAUCUUAGAAGCAGCAGGCUUUACAUAAGCAAAGUUUAGCAUGUGCUGCUCUUCCUUUUCCUUGUAUAUAAAAUGGUAAGCAGGUGAGGAGAGCAGCCCAUGGCCACUUCAGGAACCAUUAAUCUGAUAUGCAGAAGCUUUCUGAUGCACCUCCAAAAUACAAAUAAAUAAAAAAUGGAGUUCGUUCAUCAGAUUCUCAGCUAUUUUUUUGCUAGUUUAGCCAUAGACAUCAGCAAGACCCAAAGAAGUACAAUACUAAACAUAUGAAGUCACAAGUUCAUAGACCUGUGCAGUCUGUUUCAUGCAUACUUUGGCUUAAGGCUGCCAGCGUGCUACCUUCAGACCUCACAAAGCAAGCUUUUAGCCCAAAGGAGGAGUCUGCCAGAGCAGUCCCGGGACAAGGGUACUGGCACCAGCCUGCCCUAAGCUUCAGAAGGGGACUCCCCAACUCUGAACAUUCCAAUCAUGUCCAGCUGUACCACACUACAGCAGCUUCUCUGCUCUCCACUUGUAAGCAGGGAAGCACCACAGUCAGUAGCACAAAGUAGCCCUUGUAUCCACACGUCUUUCUCAUAUAAUCCAUUCAAAUCCUUAUGUAUAGCCCCAUAACGUAAUGCAUGAGCUAACAGCAACAUAUUACCAGCUUUACUGUUGAAUCAGAACAUUUGAGCCUUGAAAAAAAGAGUGUGUAUUAUAACCAGAGCAAAAAGGAAGAGCAAGCUCAGGCUAAUGACCACGUUCUUCUCUUUUCUUGCACUUACUUUUUUUUGUCACAUAAAUUUCUAUAGGAGUUGGGUUUAAUUUUUAUUGAACUGGCCAGUUACUUUUAAAAAUGACUGGCCAGUAAUUUUUAUUUAACUGAACUGGUUAAAAAAAAAAAAAAAAAAAAAAAAAAAAAGGGUGGUGGUUUGACAUCCUUCUCAGGUACUAGAGCUGCACCUCUGCUGCCUUUGCCUAGUUCCCACUGCCCUCCCUAGGGCCACCACAGCAAUCAGAGAACAACAUCACAUUUUAAAAUCUUGCAGGCAGCCAGUAACAUAGAAAGUUGCUGUUGGCCAGCAUCAACUACCUUUACACACAUGAAACAGCUCAUCACUGUGCAAAUAUUUAAAGCUGAAAAAAGCAGCCUACUCAUCAGGAAAGUGCUACAGUAUAACAGGAGCAGGAUUUGACCCCAGUUAAUAUGGUCUCAGGCCAUUACAUAUGUUUACACUUUAUUCUGUAGUGUGAAUAUAUGCAGAUACAUGAGAUAAUAGAUGUGUUUAUGUAUAGAUUCCUGUAGCUCCAGUCACUGUCAUACUCGGAGCAUUCUGCAUAUUUACAGAGCAAUAUUGACAUUAGUAGUAUAUUUAUCAUGCUCUUUGAAUAUUUGUGUCACAUCAGUAAUGGUUAAUGCAGUUGUUCUGGUAACUUCCCCACAGCAGGGGGAUAAAUACUCAUGUGAGAAUAACUGACUUAAUUUAGCAUCUAGAAAGAAUGAGUAGGGAAAUAUUUACAUAGACCCGGGCAAAACUUCCCUUGUAAAACUCCCAGCACAGGCCACACAGCUUUUGCCUCAUCACAGAUAAAAAAAUUCAUGUCCUCUGGACUACAGCUGGCUCAUGUCAAGGCCAAGCAGAGUUUACACCCGUGACUUGUAAGGUGCUUUGCCUUUCCAUUUGAGCUGCAAGUUUUGUUUAAAACCUAAACCGUACUGUAAAAUUCACUGACAAAUCCUCACCUGCCAAAGAUACAACCCCCACCUCCAAAUACCUUGUGUUACCAUACAUAAUCUCCAUCUGCACUUGAUAGAGUAGCAUCUCAGUGUUGGUAUCUCCACUGCAGAGCUCGGCACAGCACCAGUAUGAAACCAAGUGCCAAAUGAGUUAGCAAGUAGAGUGAGCCAGCUCCAUGUGCUGCCUGCACUUUGUACUUCUCUUCACAGCUUAGGCCCACACUCAAAGUCCCUAAGCUGUUGAAAUCAAUGCGAGUUAUGUACCUGGAUAUCUUUAAUACUCAGGACUCGGUCCUUGACUCCUUCAAUCCCUACAUACAGUUUCACAAGUUCUCAGGAAAGGGGAAGUCCUGUACAGUUCCUGAUGUCACCCUCUCUGCUGCUGUCCUCUAUACACCUCCUGCUUGAAAAAUCCAGAACCAGCACAUAUUCCCAUGCAUCCCAGCACCACAAAACUAGAACCUUCACUUCUGCACAGAUCCAGUUUUAACAUGUAGAAGGCUGACCAUAGCAAGCCGAAGUAAUUUCUUUCUACCUAGUUCAUCUGUGUAGAAGCUUAUUCAUAAAUUAAGCAUGUGGUUUGGCUGUUUUCACCUUUAGCAAUACAUUCUAGAAAUGCCAUUACUCAGUGAUAAAUUGUUUUUAAUUCACACACAAAAAAAAAAGUUAAGUGCUUUCUUUCCUUGCCCUUGCUUUUGUGAGGGUGUGCUAAGAUUAUGCUUAAGCAAUUUACUCAUUACUCCAGUUCUAGUCAUUUCUGGGAAGAUCUAUGUACAGUGCUAAUCAUGGCAUAUGACAUGAAAUACAGUUAGGGUUGGGUUUUUUUCAAUAUCUAAUCAUUCCACAAUUGUUUGAAGAAAUAAUGCAAUACCAUCAAUUAAAAAAAAAAAAAAGUUUCUCUUCUUUUUUAGUGUAAAAGGACCAAGUUACCAUAGCACAGAAGCACAAAUAAAUAUUGGAUUUUAUGCAAUGUAGAUUAGAUAAUAGCAUCCAGCAGCUAGAGAUCCCUCGUCACUGAACCUCACUAUUUUGAGUAGAGCUUCUAUAGGGAUAUGACUGAAGGGUCUCUUAGCAGCCCUCACCAGCAACGCGCCUGGGACUCCAGGAAGUUGUACAGCUGCAAGGAAGAAGUCAGAGCUCCACUUUCUGUUGUUUCCACUAAUCCCCCUCAGAACAUAUACUUUAUAUGUGACACUAACUGUAUGAUGUCAUACUACACAAACAGCUUUGGCCAAACAUGGAGUGCUGGCCAUUUAAAAAGAAAAAAAAAAAAGCACAUGGCAUAAGUAUGCAUCAAUCUUCUCACUUGGUGCUCAGAAGUCUCCAAGCUAAAAACUAAAAGCAGAGGGAAGAAGAAAUGCCCUAAUUCUAUGUAUAUCAGUGGAGCUACACUGUAUGAUCCUGGAUUAAUGCAAUAAUGAGCUCACCUGUGGGACCAGAUCCCUCAAAUUCUCUUUAUUUGUGGCAAAUUCACAAGUUGAGGUUUGCAUAGUCUCCACGGUCACAUUGAAUCAGGGACUGCGUUUAUGGAAGGCAUUUUUUGUUAAGAAACAUGGCAACAGGAUCUACUUCAAUCCUUUUACCCCAACAUCCCACUUUUCCAAAGGCAGUUAUGUACUUCCAUAAAUUUCAUCUAAAUACCAUGGAGCACCAGGGCCCUAUUUCCUAUCCAUGCAUUUAGUUCAUCUGGGGUGAAGUGCCAUGCUUCCGCAAGAAGCAAGCUAAAACAAGAGAGCUGAGCUAGCGGAGAGGCACAGGUACACAGGUUCAAGCAAGGGACAAAUAUCACCUCCACAAGCAGGCUGUGGCUCCUGAGCCCCCCUGCUCUGCAGAGGAAAGCAGGAUUCAAUACCAAAGGAAGAACAGCCAGGAAGGGCAGAGCAUGGUGGUGACAGAGCCUUGUACUGCAUGCUGUUUGCUGGAGCAGAUGGGAGCAAGAGAUGAUUGAAAAGUAUGCAAUGACAGCAGCGAGCACCUUCAUUCAGUUCCCCCACUUUCUCUUCUCCCCUGCUCUGCCAUCCUUCACCUUUUUGUCAUUAUUUGUGAGACUGCAAACAUACUUCCAUGAGCCCUUCAACCAGAACUGAAAACUGAAAGCAAGCCAAAGGGAGUAGACCCUCCAUUUUGCCAAAGAUCUAAAACUUUCCUGUUCAAAAAUUUAAAAAAAAAAAAAAAAAAAAAAAGAUUUUUAUUUCCAUGAUGAUGGCUGCCAUAGGAAGCAUUUUACCACAAAACAUGAUUCCCAGGACUUCAUCUCUCUAGCUGUAUAUUCAGGAGGAGCCACAAAUACUUUUUAAGAGACACUUUAAAUUGCCUUGCCAAGCAAGUGCGUAUAUUGGGUUUCCCUUCUACCGAGUUCAUACCUAGCUGCAAUUCCUUGGUCUCAUUCAUGUUUCCUCCCUCUCCUUUCUGCUGUUCUUUAGAAAAGCACCUCCCCAUGUCCGCCACGUCCUGUUGUGCUGCUAGCUUUGUUUGGUCCUUGGGUGUCCAGUGGUCAGGCAGUCACCGUCAGCUGGCUUGCAAAUUGUAUUUUGUGUAUAUUUUAUUCUGACUGAAUUCUGAAAUGGAAAUAUUUUAAAACAAAAAUUAUAAACUAUUUAUGUUGCUUGUGUUGUAGAAUAAAGAGGCAAAUGCAAAAUAAA